AUGUGUGACUUUGAGGAGUUUCUCUUCACUUGCGAGCAUUCCACCGUUCGAUUAAAGUCCUAUUGUCAUUUUGCCCGCAACGACCCCAACCACCAGUGUUUUGGCGUCAAAGUCCUUCGCAACUCGUGGCAACAAAGCACGCCAUGUGAUAAUUGCGUCUCAAACUGGCAGCCUCGGCAGAGCCAUGAAAAUUUUGUGACCAGUCUCGGCCAGGAGCAGUGCGUUGGUGGCCAACAUCAUCAUCGUUGA